AUGUCCCCACCGGAAAAGGCUCAUAAACCUCACAAGAAGAAACAAAAGAAGGCACUCUUAAAACCAAGCAUUGAAAUAGGAAUGGAACAAUUGACAGUUCCACACAUAAGGACUUUAGCAUCUUCGAUUGUUCUUAAUAGAAACGUUUCCAAUGGUUGGUUCAAAAUGAUUAAGCCAGAAGAUAUCAAGCAAGUUGUGGUUGCGGUUGCCCCCGGUUUAUUGUAUUCAGAUAUUGACUCGUGUUCGACUCUUGAAGAUAAGAAGCACAAAAGCUUGAAUGAAAUUGAAUUGAAUGAACAAUUUGAGCCAUUAAAAUGCAUGUUCCAGACUCGAUUCUUUGCUAUGCUUCCAGGAUCAAAGGAUUCUACCUUUUCUCCAUUCCAUGCCAUAUCACAUAUUCCUCGAACGAAAGCAGCUGUCCGAGAACUUCGUGCAAGCAAGUUGAAUAUUGACUUGAAUGAUUUGCUCUUGACUGACCAACAGAUGGAAGAUAGCAAUUAUCCGUUGAAGUUGAGCGCUCAGGAAUCGAAAGAAGGCUGGUGCACAACCGAAUCUCCUCCUUCACUGGAAUCUCUGGCGGCCUCCCAAACUCCCAAAUUAUUUGGUUUGGACUGUGAGUUCUGCAUGUCAGAGCUGGGAAAUGAGUUAACUCGGAUAUCAUUGGUUAACGGUGACAGUGAGGUCAUCUUGGAUACCUUUGUACAACCAGAGAACCCAAUUAUUGACUACAAGACACAAUACUCAGGAAUAACCCCAGAAUUAUUGGAGGGUAUCACUACAACCAUUGGAGAUGUUCAGAAGGAGAUCCUUUCCAUAGUUAGUAGCGAGGAUUACUUAGUGGGACACUCUUUAAACUCCGAUUUGAAUGUGUUAAAGAUAUAUCAUCGGAGAAUCAUCGAUACAGCCCAUAUAUAUGAUCAUCCCCGAGGUCCCCCCUUGAAGGCAUCACUUAAAUGGUUAGCCAAAACAUAUCUCAAUCGUGUGAUUCAAAAUGGUGAUAAUGGCCAUUGCCUGGUGGAAGACAGCUCAACGUGUAUUGAUCUAGUGAAGCUUAAACUUAAAUCAGGAUUAUAUUUUGGGUCAACUAUUGAUACUAUUUCUUUAAAGGAACAACUUAUACAAGAGCACAAGGUUAAAAUAGAUGUUUUGAACGGGGGAGAUAAAUAUUCUGACGAUGACGCCAUCAUCAAAGCAGCUAUAGACUCAAUUGAAUCAGCAGAGACUCCAAUGGUCAUGUUACAUCUCCAAGAUCUAGAGAGGGAAAGAGGAUGGUCUAAAUGGAGAACACUACAAACCGAACAACAACAAUCACCAGUAGAUCAAGGAAACACACAACUAGUCUCAAGAAUCUCUCAAGUCUAUGAUUUAUUACCAGUUGGAAGUUUAUUCAUUCUAUUGGGCAAUUCAGUUAGUCCCGUGGAGAUGUAUCGGUUACAGGAGAGGAAACAAAGAUAUCAAAGGUCAACGAAAGAAGGGAAAGAUGACCAAUUGAAUUCUGACGAUCAAUGGGAUGAUGCUAAAGAAACACUAUUACGUGAAACUGUGGAACAAGUUCGUUCAGGGUUUUGUAUGAUUGGAUUAAAAGAACACCUUCAAGAUGGCGUCAUUGUCAACACAACAACCAAGAAGAGAAAGUAA